AUGGCUGCUAUUCUUAGGUGUUCUUUCAGCAUGUUUUCCAGACAUGACAAGUUGGCAUGGGAUCUCAAGCCCACAAGGGCAUUUACAGUGCGUUUGGCCUAUCGUUUGGCUUAUCGUCUUCAAAGUCAGAGGCGAAGGUGGUAUCCUAGGUGUGGCAUAGAUGAGGAAUCCAUUAAGCAUUUGUUAUUUCUAUGCCCUCAUUCCAUCCACGUGUGGAAGAUUUCUCUGCUUAGGUUGGAUUUUGCGUCUGUUCCUCCUUCCUCCUUCUCUACUCGGUGGCUGCAUUUAGUUAGAAAGUGGAAGGAUCUGGAUGGGGUACUGGAUGGGUUGGGUCUGGUGGCCUAUUUUUGUUGGGGAAUUUGGAAGGCCAGAAAUAAGUUUGUUUUUGAGGAGGUGAAAUGGGAUGCUCGCCAGGUUGCUUUGAUGGCUUGUUUACAGUUUUGGGAAUUUAAGACUGCUUCAUCAUCUUCUAGUGAUUGCUUGUUUCCUGGGUUAUCUGAUUCUCGCUUUUUUUCGUAUUCUUCUUUUUUUUCUACACGCUGGCUGCCUCCAGGAGAGGGUGUGCUUAAAUGUAAUGUGGAUGCAUCAUUUUUGGCCUCUUCUUGGAUUGGGGGUGGUGUAGCUGUUUUUCAUGAUUAUUUGGGCACUAUUGUGCAGGCCGUGGUGUUUUCUCCUUUUCCUGCGGCUAGUGUAACCUUAGCUGAGGCUAUUUGUCUGCACAAAGCUAUUCUUUGGGCAGGUUCCUGUUCAGUUUCUCAGGUUUCGUUUGAAUGUGAUUCUAAGGUUGUGGUUCAAGCAGUGAUGGGUGAUGCUCCUAGGCUGACAGAACUUCAUUAUAUUGCCUUCGAUAUUCAAGUCGCGCUUCAGAGAUUUUCAUUCUCUCGUCUUAGCCAUUUUAAUCGAAAUGGCAAUGCCGUUGCUCACGCAAUUGCAAAGUUGUCCAGAGAUUUCCUUCCUCAUGAUCUGGCUCUUGUUUAUUUCCCAGAAGAUAUUCUUGAGUUGGCAGUUAAGGAUUGUCUAUCUUGCUAG